UCAACGUCAACCAGCCGUCGGUCAAUUUAGUUUCGUUACGACAGCGCGGUUAGUGUUAUAGCCCAUAGUUUUAGUCCUCAUAACCAAUCCAACACCCGGAAAUCCACGGCCGUGAAACAAGCGGUGAGGAGAGAGAAACACCCAGGACGACAGAAACUGAAGAAAACAAAGACAAACAUUUGUCUUUCCGCAAAAGAAACAACUCAAUCAAGCGUUCUCCUUCUUCUUCCCCUCCCUUGAACGAUUCAUCGUGCAAAGAAAACUACUUUUACUCAAUCCGCGAAGAGGGUUCAAUUCCGAAGCUGAAGAUAAAUUAGAAAACAAGACUAAUAGAUCGCGUUUAUGUGAUCAGGAUUUGGGUCUUUUUUUUUAUAUUAUGGGUUUGAAAGAUUUUGACCAUCUCGAUGCUGUCGAUGAUGGUCGGAAGUCCUCACCCAUCUCUUGCUCGAUUUGUCUUGAUGCAGUCACUGAUGUCGGGGAAAGAUCCUGGGCAAAGCUCCAUUGUGGUCAUCAUUUUCAUCUGGAUUGCAUUGGCUCUGCAUUCAAUGCAAAAGGUGCAAUGCAAUGCCCCAACUGUCGAAGAGUUGAGGAAGGUCAAUGGCUUUUUGCUAAUGGUUGCCGUCCUUAUCAUGAGUUCAGCAUGGAUGACUUGUCACUUGAGGAAGAUCUAUAUGACAUAAUCUACUCUGAAAUGUCUGUUGGAUUGCACUGGCAUCCUUACCGUGGAUUGGGUCAGCUUCAUUCGUCUCUUGAUGAAGGGGAAUUAUCAUCAAUUGCAUAUCAUGAUCUCCUUGGACAUCAAGCUAUAUUUGGUGAGCAUGCAGUUGCAUCAUCAUCUGCUACUCAACCUUGUCCCUAUGUUGCCUACUUGCGGCCCAUCCAAGCUUCGACAUCAAGUUCCUUGGCAAGUGCUUCAGACAGUGCUACUAGUUGGAAUGGCCCAUUAGUACCUGUUGAAAUGCACACUUCUUACUCUUUUCCUGCUGUAGAUCUUCAUUAUCAUCAUGGCUGGGAUCACCAUUCCCAUCAAUUCCCAACCACUAGUAGCCGUGCUUCUAGUGCAGAUCAUCAACCUUCUAUUUCUUCCGUGUCUCAGAGGGCAGCCAGGUCUAAUCCAGAUAUGGCAAGAUCAGGAUCUUAUAUGCAUCCUUUCGUAAUGGGACAAAGUUCAACUGCGAGAGCGGGGAGCUCCAUCGGGAUUCCCCAUUAUCCAAGCAGUGUUGCCAGGGCUCGUGAGCAUGUGCAAUCUCUUCAGGCAUACUUUCAGCAGCCAACAAAUUCGACAUCAGCACACCACCCACCUGUCGUAUCCAACACAAGGAGGUCAACAAGGAGGUCAACCUCAUCAUCAUCAUCUGAUCAGACAGGUGCUUUCUAUUAUUACCCUUCAGGUACUUCUAGAAACUUCCAAGAAUCAGCCAACCAUACAUUACCACGUUUCCGCACAUGGGACAGAGACAGCAGCAUGAUGCCUCCUUCACUUUCACUGGAACAAGACAACAAUAGAGAACAAGGUUGGGGAAUGUUCCAUCAGCCUGCAGGUGGUGGUGGUGGUGGUGGUGGUUCCGACAAUCCCAUGGUGGGACCCACUGGCUUUCGCCAGAGACAUGGAUCUGGGAGAAUGCCAUCCCAACGCCGGUCUUGAAAACUGUGAAUACAUACUAUGGCCCAUAAUCCAAUAUUUUAAUUAUGAGCUUUUUCUAUCUGCCAGGGUUAGCAGAUGUGAACUGCAAUCUCAAUGCUAAAAUUAUGUAUGCCUUCCUUCACUCCUUCUGUGUGGAGGCAUAUAUCUAUCUAUCUCAAUGAAUGUAUGGUGGAAGAGCAAACUGUAGCCUUUAUGCUCUAUAGAUAAGAGAUUUUGCAUACAUCAAUUUAUGGUGGAAGAGAGAACUGUGUCCUUGAUACUAUAGAUUAUGCAUUUCUCUACACCUUCGCGUGUAUUAGGGCAUAGAACAAUUUAUCUAUCAAUGUAUGGUUGAAGAGUCCUUCUCUUCAUUUGCUAGGAUCAAACGGCGUGUAUUUUCAAUUUCAUCGAGCUUCCUUUUAUAGGAGUAAAACCAUUUAAAUAAGCUCUUAAAAGUAUUUGUGUAUUUUGAACUAUUCUUUUUAUGCAAGUCUUUCAACUAUUAAACUGUUUCAAUAUAUACUAGCUACUUUUACACGUAGGAACAGGAUUUUUGAGU